GAGUCGUUCUGGAUGAAUCAGUUGACGCCGGCGCACUGUUCCUUGCAGCGUGAGUCGAAGUCGAACCCUGCAAUGGAGGCGCCCGAGGCGGCGGUGGCCGCGGCGGCUCCGGCCGUGGACGGAGAGGACAGAAGGGGCCCGAAGGGCAGCUGGUACGCCGUGGGGGAGCGUGCGGUACUGGUGCCGUACCUGCGGGAGCACGUGCCUCGGUACCACGAAUGGAUGCAGGACCCGGCGCUGCUGGAGGCCACCGCGUCGGAGCCCCUCUCCCUCGCCCAGGAGUUCGAAGUCCACCGCUCCUGGACCCUCGACCCUCUCAAACAUACUUUUAUAGUGUUGGAUAAGGAGUUAAUCGAAGGAGAGUUCGCUUCCGGGAACCCACACACUGAAGCUAUGGUUGGUGAUGUAAACAUCUAUAUGAAUGAUCCUGAUGAUUUGGAAAUUGCGGAGAUAGAGAUUAUGAUAGCUGAACAAAAGAGCCGUGGAAAGGGACUUGGUCAAGAGGUAAUCUUAAUGAUGAUGGCCUUUGCAGUAGAUAAAUACAGAACCCACACAUUCAGAGCAAAAAUUAGUGAAUCAAAUAACGCAUCCCUAAAGCUCUUCAGAAAAUUGAGCUUCAAGGAUGCUUCCUAUAGCUCAGCUUUCAAGGAGGUGACACUGGAGGCGUCUGCAGCUGAACUCCCGUUGAGUUCUCCUCUGACCAUAGGAACUUGGUGACAGGCAUCAGUGUUGGUCUUCAUCAACUAAUACUAGAAUUUAAUUGCGUGCGAUCAGUGGGCUGAAAUGAUGAAUACUGAACUCCUUCGGACGAUGGUGUAUAGAAAUAGGAAUAACAGGAAGCGCCCUGUGUUGGGGUUUGUUUAACUGCACCAGGUCGUGAGCAGUUCAUGAUGUGCCUUAUGUUUGGACAGAAAAAGUCGCAAGUCCAAAACAAAUUGUCACCAAGUUGUAACAUGUUGGAGUUAAUCUGCAGAAACUUUUAGGGGGUUUAUGCAUCGCCCAUGACGAGGCACACAUUUUGCUUGAUUUAAAAGCAGACUCCGAUGCUCUGUCUCGCGCAUGGACACUUCAGAGUGCAGAUUGCUACAUGGUCAAUUAUUGUUUUUUUUA